GAAAGUGUCUGGACUGGAAGGGGGGAAAGUGUCCGGACUGGAAGGGGGGUGAAAGUGUCUGGACUGGAAGGGGGGAAAGUGUCUGGACUGGAAGGGGGUGAAAGUGUGUCCGGACUGGAAGGGGGUGAAAGUGUCCGGACUGGAAGGGGGGGUGAAAGUGUCCGGACUGGAAGGGGGGGAAAGUGUCUGGACUGGAAGGGGGUGAAAGUGUCUGGACUGGAAGGGGGUGAAAGUGUCCGGACUGGAAGGGGGGGGAAAGUGUCUGGACUGGAAGGGGGGGGGGAAAGUGUGCCGGACUGGAAGGGGGGAAAGUGUCCGGACUGGAAGGGGGGUGAAAGUGUCCGGACUGGAAGGGGGGAUGUGAAAGUGUCCGGACUGGAAGGGGGGGAAAGUGUCCGGACUGGAAGGGGGGGAAAGUGUCCGGACUGGAAGGGGGUGAAAGUGUCCGGACUGGAAGGGGGGGAAAGUGUCCGGACUGGAAGGGGGGGAAGGUGUCCGGACUGGAAGGGGGGAAAGUGUCCGGACUGGAAGGGGGGGGGGAAGUGUCCGGACUGGAAGGGGGGGGGGGAAGUGUCCGGACUGGAAGGGGGGAAAGUGUCCGGA